CAAGAAUCGGCCAUUAACUUCGGAAAUGGAAUCGAAGCAUUGCAACUGCAUGUCCGGAAGUCUUCCAUGCUGCUGUAUCUAUGACGCCCAGAUUUCAUAUCAACAGGCCUGGGAAUCUCAUCGGUUUCGGAAGGAUACUGCUCUACAUAAGAUACUCAUCUGAACUCCUCAUAGCGCCCAGAGGGGUAUCUCCUGCUAGCAUCCGUGUUCGAUCCUCCCUUGGUCAUCGGAAAGAAUUAAACCGCCAUGUCGAUUAUUGAAGUUAAGAGCCUAAAGCAAUUCCACGACAUGAUCUCAAGUUCAAAACACACUUUGUUGCUCUGGAUCAAGCCAUGGUGCCCAUAUUGCGCUCUAAUGGAGGGCAGAUACAAGGAGGUGGCUGCAUCCGGUAUGUUCAAGAAAGUUGCAUUUGCGAUCGUCGACCUGGAGGAACAGAAGGAAAUCGCUGAAGAAGUGGAGAUAAUUGGGAUCCCCAAAGCAGACCUCUUCCGAAAUGGAAAACGAAUAGCUAGAAUAGAAGGGUUGACGGAACAGGGCGAAUUUGAGGCAUGGUUAUUACGGACAAUAAACGAGAAGAGCGAUCCUGUCGCAGUGCAUCGUCUUGACAAAUUAGGGCUAAUGUCCAGGUCCACGGAAACUCUACCAAGCUACGCAUGCGAGAUAGGCAAGUCGCAAGCCAUGUGUAUAGGGAAGUUCGAAGACAGGCGGAAGCGUCCGCUAAUAUUCCCAAAAAAUCGGAAGGCAUUCGUGGAUCUGGAACCCAACUGCGUCUUUCAGCCGACGGAAGGCGACAAUGGUAUUUUGAUCGGACGGGCCAAUGACGAUGCAUCCUACUUCGACAUCAUUCUAUGGAAUUCUCCGCAAGACAAUCCAGGGAAGGUCUAUUUCAGCAUCGACUUCAUGCCGGAUCCAGUGAAAAAAGCGCGUUUUGAGUCGGCAGUAUUCCAGGUCACUGUGGCAGAAGAUUCCGCUGACGAAAGUCAUUCACCCUUGACCAUCCACGACUUGUAUCCUACAGAUGAAGACGACAUGGUAGAUCGGAGUGUCUUCAUGUCAGGGCCGGAGGAUGGAGACGCUGUUCCCGAAGACGAUGCAUUAAGCGUCUUUUCAUCGAUUUACGAAGGAUCUCGACCAAGAGGACGCAAUACAACAACGACAGUCCGCGGACAUGGUAUCAAUAGCCCUACUGCGGCGUGGACCUUCACAGUGCGCGAUAGCCCAUCUGCGCGUUACGGUCUGGCAGCACAUUAUGACAUGUACAUCACUCUACCGACAACAAAGCGAGUGUGGUUGCAGUUUACGAGCAAAGCAGUCUUGGUGAAAGGGGAAGAGCGGAAGCAUAAGACGACGUUGAGGAUUGGUACCAUCGAGAAGCCGUAUGAAAGGAUCAUGGAUCUCAGCGCCGUGCUAAGAUCAGCAUGAAGAAAAAACUAUUACUGGCCGGUAGCAUAGUGAUCAUAGUAAUUACUCACCUGUUAACAUCCCAAUGCACUCUUCAUUCCGAUUACCUGCUUCAUUAUUCGAAACAAUUUCGCACUUCGCUUGGUCGCUCAUAGAUCGGUUGGAUACAGUACAAAAUACAACCAUACAGUCUUGGCAAUCAUCUAACAC